AUGUCAUUCAACAACGCCUUCGAAGCAGAUAUCGAGCGAACCGCUUCGAAUCGAUCCCACCAGUACAAAGAUUACCCGGAGUUCGAGUCUCUUUCCACAGCCAUAGACAACAGAUUGCAUCAGAUAAAUGGUACGCAGUUGCCUUCUAUCAAAAAGCUAAUUGGCGACUAUGAGACCAAUGCAGCAGACACUGUAGGAGAAAGUGUUGGUAAAAAUUUGAACCAAGUAACUGAGAAUUUCAAAAAGUUGAAUGAAUCUAUAAAACAGCUUAACUCUAUUAUUCAGCAGAUUGCAUCCAAUCACGAAGACAUAGAAGUGCUAAAUUAUCUCAAACAGAAGGAAAGCAUCCAAAUAAAGUUGGUCAGAGACAGUUUGAACACUUUCAAAAACUACCAGAAGCGAUUUGAGGCCGCUCAAUAUAAACAUUUGCCUGAAGGGAGCAGCACAAAGCAAGAAAUGUUAAGAGAAGUUGAAGAACAGUCACAACUACAAGGGCAGCAACAAGUACAAAUUACUUAUGAACCCGUUAAUGCUGAAGAAUUGGAACAGCAGACGAUUUUGGUGGAAGAAAGAGAACGCGAGAUACACAGAAUCCAACAAGAUACCGUAGAAAUCAACGAGAUUUUCCAAAAUUUGUCUUCUAUAGUAAAUGAGCAACAGUUCCAGAUUGAUAAUAUUGAAAGUAACUUGUUUAAUUACAGCCAAGAUGUUCGUGGAGCUUCUAAUGAGCUUAGAACAGCAGAAAGAUACCAGAGACGUUCUGGAGGCAGGAUGUUGUGUUGUUUGAUGGUGUUGAUCGCUGUAGCUGGUUUUAUAUUGGUAGUUGGAGUUUUGUUUUAG